CUCCACCAGACGAUAUAAACACGUAUUAGUUUUCCUAGUCGAUCAGCGAAACACGAACAGUCAACAAUCGCACGGCGAGAUUUCCGACGUUGUCAAUUUCUAUAGCCUGGUGCUUCAGAUCAAGCUUCGAUGUCGAUUUUGAAUCAGCUCUUCAACAGAGGCCUUCUUGGCGCAAAAUGUAAAACAUGCUUGAAUUUGGCGAUUUCGCGCAUUAAAUUGCUGCAAAACAAGAGAGACGGACAGCUUAAACUCAUGCGCAAGGAGAUCGCUCAAUUUCUCCAGGCUGGCCAAGAGGCCAUAGCUCAAAUUCGGGUGGAACAUGUUAUACGAGAACAAAACAUAUGGGCUGCUUAUGAAAUCUUGGAGAUGUUCUGUGAAUUCGUUCUUGCACGUGUCCCUAUUCUCGAAAGCCAGAGAGAGUGCCCUCCAGAACUGCGUGAGGCCGUUGCAAGCAUAAUCUAUGUGGCUCCCAGAUGUUCAGAUAUUCCUGAUUUACUGCAUGUGAGGAACUUAUUUGCUGCAAAAUAUGGGAAGGAGUUCAUAUCAGCUGCAUCUGAGCUUCGGCCUGAUACCAGUGUCAACCGUACAAUAAUUGAGAAACUUUCAGUCAGUGCUCCCUCUGCUGAAGUAAAGCUCAAGGCAUUGAAGGGUAUCGCUCAAGAGUACCAUGUGGAUUGGGAUUCCUCUAAAACUGAAGCAGAAUUUAGUAAAAAGCCAGAGGAUCUGCUGAAUGGACCCGAGCAAGUAUGUCUUGGAACCAGAGUGUCUACCACUCCAGCCAAACAGGUCCCUCAUCAACAUUCUCCUUCUAAUGAAGCACAUGCUGUGUCCGCACAGAAGAAAGACGGCAACAUCACAGCCAUGUGUAGUCAGGACGUGGCAAAGUCAUCAACUAAGAAUGACAAUGCAACACCCGUUAGCGAAUUGAAAAAGGAGAUGAGACCACAAUCAUCUGACAUACUGGAGAGAGCUCAUGCUGCUAUUGCUGCUGCGGAGCGUGCAACAGCUGCUGCCCGUGCAGCGGCCCAGUUGACUAACAUUAACCUUAGCGGCAGAAACUGGAAUAACGGAAUCUAGUACUCCAGAUUGUCUUUAAAAGGGUCUCAUGAUUUUCCAGCAAACAGCAUCUGGUCCCCGGAGGAACCUUGAAAAUAGAAAAGAAAAUGUACACUGAUAUAUAUUAAUGCACUUGAGACCUCUUUGAUAGAGGAAAUGUAUAUUCCCAGUGUGAAUGAGUAAAUCUUGUUUGGUUUGUUGUUUA